AUGGCUCAGGAACUCCCAGCCCCAUCAAGUUAUCGGGUGGGGUCUCCUGGGGUAGGGGGCCCCAACAUAAGAGAAACGUGUCCAUCACAAAGACGUUUAGCUGGUGGGACACAGCACGUUCCUGAAUCUUUAGCGGCACAACGACCUGCCGUCUCCUCGAUGAGGCCCAGGGCGGUCCGCAGAGCCCUGCAAUGCCUUGCCGGCACUGCAACGACGGUUGUAGCAGGUGGUAAGAGCAGUGCAGCGUUGCUGCUUUUGCACCGAUAUAAACAACGCCAUUGCCCGUCGGCCAUGGGCCCUCAAGGCAUUCCUGAAAUAUAUGGAAAGCCAUACGAACCCCUCAGUGAACAGGCGGUCUCGAAUAACGCCGAGUUGUGUAGGCAACGGCAUCGCAAGAGACUGCUGGCUUUGGGUCUCCCCGCUGCAGCAGCUCAGGCAGGAGCUGAUGCGGCUGCAGCAGCUACAGCAGCAGAAAUUCCCAGCAGUUCGUGGGCUGAGGAGCUUGCAGUAGCGAACCCCAGCCUGGGCACACCGGAUGAGCUUAUCAAUUGUGUAAAGGGAGGCUCUCCAAUAGAGUUACAUAUUCAUUUGAAAAACCUCUUCUGCGCAAAACUCAAAGCAGCACUGCUCUGCGACCUGGCAACUCGCCAGCUGCAACAGGAAACUCAUGCUCAUCGGCAUGGACCACUGAGCGAUGCAGACAUGCCUCUGCUCCUGCAAGAGAUAGAACGCACCUUCACUGAUGUAUUCUCCAACCCAGAAAUACGUGCUGCUGCUUCAGGGUGUGACUUUGUCCGGCCCACGCACGAGUUAAUCCAGGCAUUGCGGGAAAUUCGUAGCAGCACCAAGGGCAGUACCGACAGCUCAGAAUGCUCGAUGCUCCCACUCUUAUUCACUGAAAGUGGCAGGGAUGCUUUGGCUAAGUUUAUUACUGCAGUAGACAAGCAGGUCCUCAAAAGCCUUUGCAGCAGCUGGGUUAGCAGUGGUUCACUACAGGGGCUAGGCUCCGAUAAGCAAAGCCAGCAACAAGAAAGCAGUUCACGACGCGUACGACAACUAUCUGCGCUCAACACUGGAAAGAAUGCAGGCACACCCAUGGCCCUCGCGUCUUAUGCCGAUGUUGCAGAGCAGUGCAAGGCAAAGCCACGUGCGACAAGCGCCCUGGAGUUGCCUUUGUUUUUACGGGCGUCUGAUGUCAAGGCUGCUAAAGAUGCGAUAUCCAAGCAGGGCUUCAUUGUCCUGAAGAACGCUCUCACCCCGAAGCAACUGCAAGAACUACAGCAGGCAACGUUUUCUGCAACCGCUACGGCUGCCGAAGGUGGGAUGAAGAUGAAGGAGGUGGAUCCGAACGUGUACUGCACCAGACCUACUUAUGGACGCUUACACUGUCUCCUCCGGGGGUCGUUGGUAGAGAAUUCUAUAGUUGACGCUCAGCGUCUUUUGAUGCCUCUGGUGCAUUCAUAUCUUCCCAGUGGAGCUCACUUGGAAGCAGGCGGGGCUAAAAAGAAAAACAAGUUGUUCGUAUCCGAGAUGCAGACGGUAAAUGCAGAUGCACUAGCUCUCGCCCAGCCUUGGCAUCGGGACAAUUCGCACCGCGGCAUAACGGUAGUCAUCCCAUUGGUGCAUGUGCACUCGAGCAACGGUCCUACAGAAUUGCUUCCGGGUUCGCACACGCUGUCUGGCGAGGACGGAAAAGACAGUUGGGUUCAUUGGAUGUGCUCUCUGCCGGCGUUUUUUCGAAACGUUCUCGCUGGAGGUACAACAGUGAAGGCUGUGCUAGAACCUGGUGAUCUCCUUGUCUACGACUCAAGGCUACUACAUAGGGGGCAAGCAAACGAAACAUGGCAUCCUCGCCCAUCUCUGGUGCUUCGCUACGACUACGAAGACACUCCACCACCAGGAAUAUACAAGAGUGAGGGCUUUGAUCCGGCCAACCGUUUGCUUUGA